CAGCGCCCCCCUGUUUGUGUGUGGGAAAGCAACGGGAGGUCUGAGAAAUACUCCUUCGGCUAACGAUAGCAAGGUACACAAACAGGAAUUUAAUUCACUUCCAUUCUUCAGUAACAGGCUGGAGGUCCGCCAGAGGCUGGGACGGGAUAUAAUUUCGGUGAAGCCCUCGGUUUUUCCACGUCGACCAAGCGGGCGAGGCGCGGAGAACAAGGGAGCAGCGCUAAUACCGAAAAGAGGGAAGCGGCCUAUUUUUGUAGCCGGUAUCCUGGUGCAGCUCGGGCGGCCACUGUUGUCACUCGAGCCCGGUGCUUCCACAGGCUUAUUUUUCAUUACACCGACGGAAGCGCCGGGGCUUCGAUAUUAUCUUUUCUUGGAUAACCGUAAGCCAUCGUCCACUCCCUUUUCUCCCUACCCGCCUGCGGUUGUCUGCGUUUCUCGCCGAAAGGAGCAUUUGAAGCCGAAGGGGCCUGUUUUGUUUUCGCAGCCGAGCCGCCAUGAAUCUCCGCGAACAAUAACACAAUCUGAGGCUGCCUAUUGGGUGCACUGCCUACGUGCCACAAAUGCUACGGUGUGGAAUAAAUGCAUUGUGUGCUGAUACCAGAUCUGGACCGACCUUAAAAAAGGAAGAGAACCCCCGGACGACCAUGCGUCUAGAAUGUGGGAAUAUGGGAAAACAGAUGCACUUUGGCUCGGCGAGCGUCAAGAAAGCCCCCUGUUUGAAUUUGGUCGCUGCUGCCCAGCUGUAGCGAGGCCACUGCUCUCCGGCGGAGGAAAGAGCGCCACACGAUGCAUUGUCUAAUCAUAACUCACCGACUGUAUGGGAAUAAACUGAACCGACUUGCAUGAACGGGGUGUUUCUAAUGCUGCUGCAGCGGAUGAGUCGGGACACCCCUUUUGGAUGCACUUACAAUUCCCAAAUUGUACUUUUUCUUUUUCUUUUCUUUUUUUUUAUUUACGGAUUCUGUGUAUCUACACCUUUUAUGAUCCGGAGGAGGGACGUGAAGGAUGGAUUGGAUGUGAUUGACUGACAGCUUUAGCGGUACAGGAGAUGUGUAACCCGAGUUGCUCUGUGCACAGACUCUAUGCAUGUGGGAUUUACUGACAGGUAAACUGAAGCCAGUCUUGCCGGCCUCCAGUCAUUUGUUAUAUCCAUCUAUGCCCUCUCCAAGGCUGCCGGGCUUCCUGAGCAGUGAUAAUAACAACAGAAACGCAGAAAACACCGGGGUAGCGGGUCUGCCGUUUCCGGCGGAGACAGUUUCUGAAUCCCUUAUUUGUGUGUAUGUUUGUGUCGCGUGACUUUCAUUUUUUAAUUAUCACUAUUAACGUAAAGGAGAGAUCAAUCAGUUAAUCAGUCGAUCUACCCGGACCGGACUGGACUGGACCGGACCCCCGGCGUGCGGCAGCUGAGAUGAACCCGGUGAAUGCGACCUCUCUCUACGUGUCCGCGAGCCGUUCGGUGCUGCAGUGCGACCCCCGAGACCCCCGGGCCCUCGCGGAGCUCUGCAAGCUGCUGCCGUUCUUCCGCCAGUCCCUGUCCUGCCUGGUGUGCGGUAACCUGUUGCAGGACCCCAUCGCUCCCACCGACUCGUCAUGUCAGCAUUAUGUCUGUCGAGGCUGUAAGGGUCAGAGGAUGCAGCUGAAGCCGUCCUGCAGUUGGUGUAAAGAUUAUUCCCGCUUUGAGGAGAACAGGCAGCUCUCCCUGCUGGUCCACUGCUACAAGAAGCUGUGUCUGUACAUCGCCCAGUCUCCGCUCGCGCCGCACAUCGCCAGCGCCGCCAGCGACUCGCCGGACCUGCAGGCCAUCCUCAAUGAAGGCCUCACGCUGGCCGAGAGCGAGCCGGAGGUGGAGGAUGUCCCGGACUCGGCCGGCCAGUCACAGACGGCCUCCACCUCUGAGGCAGCGCACCUGGAAGCUCCCCCUUCCAGGGAGAGCAAGGGGGCGGAGCCAAGCCCUGUGAACGGACUCCACGAUUGUAACGGGCUGGCCAGUACGGACACGUUGCAACCCAUCACCAUCGAGACGGGUGGAGGGGUUCUGAAGCAGGAGAGCUUUGGGGACGAGUUACCAGUGUGCGUCAGCGUCACGGGGACCGGGGAGGCAGGGCUGUGUGACAUCACUACUUUUGGUGAUGACCUGAAACACGGCGGGGGACCGUUGUUGUUGAGUGUCGAGGAGGUGCUCAGGACUCUGGAGACGGACCCCGACCCCGCCCCCGUUCCUGAGCCCAACCCCCAGCCGGACUGCCCCUCCGUACCUCAGUCCAGCGUCAACGGGCCCCACUGCCCGUCUGGCCCCGACUCGUCCCGCCUGACACCCUCCCUCCCCCCAGAGAACAGCCCCCGUCCCCUGCAGCCUCACCCACAGCCCUCGCUGCAGCCGCCCCCCCAACCUGCCACGGUCGUCCCCUGCGUCCCGCCUCGAUGCCACCGCAAGCGCUCCCGCUCAGAGAGCGACAGCGAGAAGGUGCAGCCCCUCCCCAUCGCGAGCCUCCUGCGAGGCCCCCCGCUCGGUGCCAACAGCUCACCCCACCACCCGAACCCCAGUGCCACCACCAAACGGGAGCCCAAGUUCCCCUCGGCUGCGCAGCACCCCCACUUGGCCCCGGUGCCUAAUGGAGGCCCCCCCAAAGUGGGUAAGACUGUGCUGGUCUCCAGCAAAGCACUCAAAAAGACUGUGGAGCACCACGGGGGCCCAAAGAAGGCCUACACCAAGGCCAGGCAAGGAGCCCCCAAGCCCCGUGCCCAGCCACGGGACAGGGUGCCCCCCCACCCCCACUCCCACCCUCUCACACACCCGCCCAGCCCCUCAAAGCCGCUGUACAAGAAGCCUGUGGAGAAGAAGGGCUGCAAGUGUGGCCGAGCCACGCAGAACCCCUCGGUGUUGACCUGUAGGGGGCAGCGCUGCCCCUGCUACUCCAACCGCAAGGCGUGUUUGGACUGUAUCUGCCGUGGCUGCCAGAACUCCUACAUGGCCAACGGGGAGAAGAAGCUGGAGGCGUUUGCCGUGCCGGAGAAGGCUCUGGAGCAGACGAGGCUCACGUUGGGCAUCAACCUGACCGAUAUCACCGCGGCGGCCCUGCGCAGCCCGACGACCAGCUCGCGCAACGCCCUCAUCAACGUCACCGCGGCGACGGGAGCCCCGGUCACGGCCACCUUCCUGUCGGGUGCGGGGCACGACAACAGGGGCUUUGACGACUCGCUGGAGAUGCGGUUUGACUGUUGAGGUCCUGUCCCCUGGUCGCACGUGACACACAUUCCCCCGCUCCGCCGAGCCGGGCGGCGUGCCGGGGGCCUGCAGGGGCAGAGCCGGAGCAAAAGGCAGCUACAGUGACAGGCGGGAGCGAGGGUGACCAGCCGAGGCUGAGGAGCGCCCUCCGUCCAUCGCCCGAAACUGCACCAUGCUUGUGGUCUUACAUACAGAUGCAGGGUGGAAGAGAGAAGAAGAGGAAGAGGAGGGGAGAUGUAGCGUUACUGUAUGUGCAGAGGUUUCAUUUCAGUGGGGAUAGAAGAGUUUUUUGUUUUCUACUCUACUAUGGGUAAUGUGUAGAGCAUGUUGUGUAGCCAAGUCGGGAGUGUUGACCAGGCUGUGUUGGGUCAUGCCCCCCUCGGUAUGUAUGUGUGUGUGUGUGUGUAAGUGUGUGUAUGUAUGUAUGAGUGUGUUAUGAGGGGAAGGGUUUGGGUUUGGAGAUGAACCUUAUUAGCAGGAAAGAAGACAUCAUCAUCAGAGACUGGUGUAAUUUAUAUAAAAGAUUUUUUUUUGUACACCGUUUCCAUUUCCAUCAGUUUCCAUUUAAGAAGACAUUUUUACGAUAUGUUUUAUAAGUUACGUUAAACCGAUGGAAGCCGGCGUGGGGGCGCAGACCUGCGCUCACUAGAAUAAUUGCAGGAGUGUAAAAAUCGCAGAAAUACAAGUUAAUAGUAUUUAGUGCUAAACUGUUGCUGGUCCCCCAGAUUACAAAAAUGAAUUUGAGAAGACUGCAGAUUAAAUGAUCUGGUUUCCAGGAUUUUUAUCAUCAGCCGCCAGUUAAAUUUCCUGCAUUUCAACUUUGGGUAAAUUUUAGAACCAGCCAUAAGUGAAAAAUGAACCAGACUGUAACCAGAAGAUGAAAAUGAACCAGAAGCCUUAAGCUUUCUGAACCUUUUAAAGAUUAACUUGCAGAAUAGUGGCAGGUGAAUUUUAAUCCAACGCCACUGCCACCUCUCUUCCACUUCUCACACUGCCAGGCAUAAUUAAUAAAUAUGUUAACUGUAUGUUUCUCUCUUUGUUUACUUGUGUUAAAUGUUCUAGUUGAGUGCAGACCCCCCCCCCCCCCCCCCCCCCCCCCCAACGCCUUUUUUUUUUUCCUUCACCAGUUUUUGGUUUCUGGAAGCUACGCACAUGCUGCUAAUUCACCAGAAAGGACUCAAGGAGAACCCACCUGUUUUCCUUGUCUGUUUCCUUUUUUUUUUUUUUUUUUUUUUUUUUUUUUUUUUAUAAGUUACGUUAACAACAUUUGCAGUAUUUAUUGGGCGUCGCCUAACAUAGGUUACUGGGUGGGCGUCGGCUAGUGGUCAUUGGUUCUGCCCACUCUGGCUGUCGGUCAGGACAGUCCUGUCUCAGUUAUGUUGCUGUCCUCUUAGUGUUAGUUUCUGGUGUCUCCAAACAGUUGUUCUCCCUCGGGGCAUUUAAAAAAAACUGUAAUAUAACUGUAACAUAUUUCCACAAAAAAAAAGAAAAUCAAAAACUUACCAAAGUGUUGUGCUGUGUCGCUCUUUGUUUUUCUGUCAUCAGUACAUGGUAACACUGAAACCAUCAGUCGAUUAGGCAGUCAACAAAAACUUAAUGGUUUUAUUCCUUUAACCAGUAAAAAAAAAAAUCCAGAAUAUUGUCUGAUUCCGGAGCCUGUGUGUAUCAUGGUGAUUUGUCAAAAUUAUGAAGAAAAUAACAUGCUCAAGGUUUGAUAGAUUAUGGUUUUGAUAAUCAAUUCAUCUUUGUAGUCAUUUUGUCAAGUAAAAAAGCCAACCGCUGUCCAAUUCCAGUUUCACUUAGAUCACUAAGAUGCUAAUAUUGUCUUCCUUUUCUCCAUUCAUAUCUUAAAAAAUGUAUACUUUUUUUUUCUUUUUUUAUGGCUGCUGGUCAGA